CUAUAAAAUUCGAGUGAAGCUGACUCAGACACAAAGUCAACAAAAUAACUUCGUGUUAAACAGUUGUUAAUUAUCGUUAAUUCACACAUUUUUUCGAAAACCUGAAUCGUAAAAAUGGGCUGCAAAGGUUGCGGAAAUAACUGUCAGUGCUCAGCUACCAAAUGUGGAGAUAACUGCGCUUGCAGUCAACAAUGCAACUGCGUCUGCAAAAAUGGAUCCAAGGACAAAUGGUGUUCCAACAAAAAUUAGUAAACAAACAUCAAUCUGACUUUAAUCCUCAUUGUAAUGCAAAACAAAUUGAGCAAUAAAAUAAUAAAAAAAUAUGAA